CAAUAUGCCCCAACUUCCCCCCUCCCCAGCGGACUGCCUGGUUUGAGAUGAGUGGAAGAUGUCGGUUUCGGGUCUGAAGGCCGAAUUGAAGUUUUUGGAGUCAAUUUUUGACCCAAACCACGAACGUUUCAGAAUUAUCGAUUGGAAGCCUGAUGAGCUUAGUUGUCAGUUUAAUGUAACCGGUGAAAAACUGUUGAUAAUACAUUGCAACAUCACGGAGUCAUACCCCUCUACACCCCCAAUCUGGUUUGUUGACUCUGAUGACCCAAGUCUGACAGAGGUGUUGGAGCGCCUGGAAGAUGUCAGAAAAGGAACAUCUUUGCUCCUGCAGCAGCUGAAGCGUCUCAUCUGUGACCUAUGUCGGCUGUACAACCUGCCCCAGCACCCAGAUGUUGAGAUGCUAGAUCAGCCCCUCCCUGCUGGGCCCAUCAACCCAGAGCGCAAGCAUGGACCAGCCGAUGAAGUGACAUCCGAGGAGGAGGAGGAGGAAGAAAUGGGCGAGCAGGAUAUUGAAGACCUGGACCACUAUGAGAUGAAGGAGGAGGAGCCUGUACAUGGGAAGAAGUCAGAGGAUGACGGGAUUGAGAAGGAGAACCUGGCCAUCCUAGAGAAGAUCCGUAAGAACCAGAGGCAGGACCACUUGAACGUAAGUGCUCAUUCGGGUGCCGUUUCUGGUUCAGUUCAGGCGUCUGAUCGUCUCAUGAAGGAACUCAGGGAGAUAUACAGAUCACAGAGUUACAAGACAGGUAUUUAUUCAGUGGAGCUAGUCAACGACAGUCUUUAUGAAUGGCACGUCAAAAUAAGAACGGUCGACCCAGAUAGUCCGUUGCAUAGUGACUUGCAGGUUCUGAAGGAAAAGGAAGGGGUGGACUACAUUCUGCUCAGUUUCUCAUAUAAAGAUAACUUUCCUUUUGAUCCUCCGUUCGUACGGGUCGUCUCUCCUGUGCUGUCCGGAGGGUACGUUCUUGGCGGAGGGGCCUUAUGUAUGGAGCUUCUCACAAAACAGGGCUGGAGCAGUGCCUAUUCCAUUGAGUCCGUCAUCAUGCAGAUCAAUGCGACCCUCGUCAAAGGAAAAGGCAGGGUGCAGUUCGGAGCCAAUAAGAAUCAGUACAGUUUUGCCAGGGCACAACAGUCAUACAAAUCCCUGGUGCAGAUUCACGAAAAGAAUGGCUGGUACACACCUCCUAAAGAAGAUGGGUAAAGAGUUCACUCAUUCUCCCUGGGAACAUAAUGUAUUUUUUGGGUAAAAAAACAAACAAUAUAUUUUUAAUUUCUUUUGGAACUAUUUUCUCCCUUCUGACUUAUUGGGAGUUAUAUCAUCUUUCUUGUGGAAACCAACUGGCAAAUUCUUCCGUUUGGCCUGUCGUCAGCUCAGUAGACCAGUAUCUCCCCUCUGCCUGGCCCAACAACGGGCUCGACUGUCUCUCCUCCCUCCUGUAUCACUCCACUUCCCCCUUAGUACUUCACCUGAGGAGAAUGUCUGUUAUAACUGAGGGGCUCGGCGGUCCUCCUGCAUCACUCCACUUCCCCCUUAGUACUUCACCUGAGGAGAAUGUCUGUUAUAACUGAGGGGCUCGGCGGUCCUCCUGCAUCACUCCACUUCCCCCUUAGUACUUCACCUGAGGAGAAUGUCUGUUAUAACUGAGGGGCUCGGCGGUCCUCCUGCAUCACUCCACUUCCCCCUUAGUACUUCACCUGAGGAGAAUGUCUGUUAUAACUGAGGGGCUCGGCGGUCCUCCUGCAUCACUCCACUUCCCCCUUAGUACUUCACCUGAGGAGAAUGUCUGUUAUAACUGAGGGGCUCGGCGGUCCUCCUGCAUCACUCCACUUCCCCCUUAGUACUUCACCUGAGGAGAAUGUCUGUUAUAACUGAGGGGCUCGGCGGUCCUCCUGCAUCACUCCACUGCCCCCUUCACCUGGGCAGAAUGUCUGUUAUAACUGAGGGGCUCGGCGGUCCUCCUACAUCACUCCACUGCCCCCUUCACCUGAGGAGAAUGUCUGUUUAUAACUGAGGGGCUCGACGGUCCUCCUGUAUCACUCCACUGCCCCCUUCACCUGAGGAGAAUGUCUGUUAUAACUGAGGGGCUCGGCGGUCCUCCUGCAUCACUCCACUGCCCCCUUUACCUGAGGAGAAUGUCUGUUUAUAACUGAGGGGCUCGGCGGUCCUCCUGUAUCACUCCACUGCCCCCUUCACCUGAGGAGAAUGUCUGUUAUAACUGAGGGGCUCGGCGGUCCUCCUGCAUCACUCCACUGCCCCCUUCACCUGAGGAGAAUGUCUGUUAUAACUGAGGGGCUCGGCGGUCCUCCUGCAUCACUCCACUGCCCCCUUCACCUGGGCAGAAUGUCUGUUAUAACUGAGGGGCUCGGCGGUCCUCCUGCAUCACUCCACUGCCCCCUUCACCUGGGCAGAAUGUCUGUUAUAACUGAGGGGCUCGACGGUCCUCCUGCAUCUUUUAUACAUGCACAUCAUCUCUUCACAUUUUGUUUUCCCUUAUCUCUCUCAAUGUGGAGAACAGCUUUUUCUCCUUCCAUACAUGCGCUGGUUUGACGACUUGGGCUCGACUAACGGAUCAUCUUGCUCAGUUCCUCCUCGGUGAGAGAACCUACCUACUGUACAGCAGACAGGUCUGACUAGAGAUGGUUUGUUCGUAUCCACAACCACCACCACCUGUUUUUAGUGUGAAGCUGUAAGCUUUACAGCCAGCCACAGCGUUGGCAGUUGGAUUUGAACUGAAACCUCUGUGGUGACAGUUGGAUUUGAACUGAAACCUCUGUGGUGACAGUUGGAUUUGAACUGAAACCUCUCUGUGGUGACAGUUGGAUUUGAACUGAAACCUCUCUGUGGUGACAGUAGGAUUUGAACUGAAACCUCUGUGGUGACAGUUGGAUUUGAACUGAAACCUCUGUGGUGACAGUUGGAUUUGAACUGAAACCUCUCUGUGGUGACAGUUGGAUUUGAACUGAAACCUCUCUGUGGUGACAGUUGGAUUUGAACUGAAACCUCUCUGUGGUGACAGUUGGAUUUGAACUGAAACCUCUCUGUGGUGACAGUUGGAUUUGAACUGAAACCUCUCUGUGGUGACAGUUGGAUUUGAACUGAAACCUCUCUGUGGUGACAGUUGGAUUUGAACUGAAACCUCUCUGUGGUGACAGUUGGAUUUUAAAGCGAAAAUGAAGGAAGAUGGAGGAUCACUUAAGACGUUUCAAUGAUGUCAUCUUUAGUGACGCUGCUCCUUUUUCUCCCCUGACUUUGUGUAAUAUUUACUGGUACAAAAUGCAGACGUUGUUUAAAAGAAAUAGUAUAUGCUUAAAUGUAUUGUUAUUCUGCUUGCUGGCUUUUUUUGUUGCUUUUUUAAAAUGUCCCAGCAGUAACAUCAUGUGCCAGAUUGGUGACAAAAUGGUGGGUGCCUAGGAUGCAGGAAGGGGUCUCCCAAAUGACACCCUAGUACCUAGAUAGUGCACUUCUUUUGACCUUUGCCCUAUGGGAAUGAAAAAGCAGGAUAUGGACAACAUUCUUACGAAAGCAAAGUAACUCUGGAUCAUUCAUUUUUUUUCUGAUAAACGUGUUGGUCAAAAAAUACUGCACGAUGUAGGAAAUGAGUUGCCAUUUUGGGAUGAAAUCUACCACUGCGUACUAUCUCCCUGCUGUCCUGUAUGAUGCGACUGUUGAUCCUCAGUUACAUCACACCUGAACAUAUUUUUUUUUAGAAUGGUUAAGUGAGCUAGCUCCACCAAGCGCCUGUCAUGUCAUGACCACUGUUGUGUUCUAUUUAAGGGGAUCACAUAGUUGCAUCACCAGCUUGUUACCGUAGUUGCAUUACCAGCUUGUUACCGUAGUUGCAUUACCAGCUUGUUACCAUAGUUGCAUUACCAGCUAGUUACCGUAGUUGCAUUACCAGCUAGUUACCGUAGUUGCAUUACCAGUUAGUUACCAUAGUUGCAUUACCAGUUAGUUACCAUAGUUGCAUUGCCAGUUAGUGACCAUAGUUGCAUUGCCAGUUAGUUACCAUAGUUGCAUUACCAGUUAGUUACCAUAGUUGCAUUACCAGCUAGUUACCAUAGUUGCAUUACCAGCUAGUUACCAUAGUUGCAUUACCAGCUAGUUACCGUAGUCUGCUUUAACUGGAGAUUGAAGCAUUGUGAGUCUUACAUAGUUGUAUGUUUUCAAUAGAUCAUAUUUUGAGUUAUUAAAGGACAAAGAGUUUUCAUUGAGCUAGUAUACCAGUAGUGAGUUUUAUUAGGGUUAGUUUUAUUGGGUGAUAUAUUCUAAAUUCUAUAGCUACCUAAAUUGAAACGCAGUUAACUAUACUGAACAAAAAAUAUAAAUAUGAUUUUACUGAGUUACAGUUCAUAUAAGGAAAUCAGUCAAUUGAAAUACAUGAAUUGGUCCCUAAUCUAUGGAUUUCAAAUGACUUGGCAUAGGCCCACCCAACUUGGGAACCAGGCCCACCCCCAGCCAAUCAGAAUUAGUUUUUCCCCCAAAGGGGUUUUAUUACAGACAGAAAUACUCCUCAGUUUCAUCAGCUGUCCGGGUGGCUGGUCUCAGACGAUCUAGCAGGUGAAGAAGUCAGAUGUAGAGAGGAGCUGGUGUGGUCACACGUAGUCUGUGGUUGUGAGGCCGGUUGGACGUACUGCCAAAUUCUCUAAAACGAAGUUGGAGGCGGCUUAUGGUAAAAAAAUUAACAUUCAAUUCUCUGCCAAAAGCUCAGGUGGACAAUCCUUGCUGUCAGCAUGCCAAUUGCACACUCCCUCAACUUGAGACAUCUGUGGCAAAAACUGCACAUUUUAGUGGCCUUUUAUUGUCCCUCGUACAAGGUGCACCUACGUAACGAUCAUGCCAUGUAAUCAACUUCUUUAUAUGCCACACCUGUCAGGUGGAUGAAUUAUUUUGGCAAAGGAGAAAUGCUCACUAAGAAGGAUGUAAACACAUUUGUGAACAAAAUAUGACA